AUGGGAACAGUAUCCACAGACGCCAAUCUACAUGUCCUUCUCGGAGCUGCAGAACGUAUCAAAUUUCGCUUAAUUGGUGUACAAAAGAACAAGAGCAGGAGGAGCGGCGUACCCUCCGUGUAUGACGGUACACUACUCAUUUGCGGAGAGAGGGUUCGAAAAAUGCGAAAGGUAAAUGGUUUUGGUUUAUUUAUUGUGCACCCAUCUAUCGUCUUUCGCACGAGAUCUUAUCACCUCGUCUGGCCAUUCUUCGUCUCCACCCUAUGCGCUAUUUGCAACAUCAACUGCAAAGCACCAACAUCAGCGGCUAAAGAAUCUGAACUGGACGUGUCUUAUGAGGCGCUGCAGGAAGUGUUCCGCAACAGGAAGUCCUUCGGAAAAUUCGUUAUCGGAGACUUCUGCGCAAAACAAGGAAAGACAAAAGAGGAAUACAGGAUCGGAAGAUUUGGUCUUGUGGCAUCGAAAUGA